GUUUGGACCCGCUUAGACCUUGCAGCCGCGAACCAUCUCUAUUAGGAUCCUCUCCUGAUAGAGGAGAAGCUGAAACCCCCUUGGAGUUAUUGCGCGGCUGACAGCUCUUGACCUAUCUGUAUCCCUGAUUUUGUAUUUUCAAUUUCGAUCUUCCAGAGGGAUAGAAGAAAUGGGGAGCAAAGAACGUGCAAAGGAGAGAAGAGAAAAGAGGCUGCAAGAGAUUUCCCUUCUCAGGACCAUUCCCUAUUCGGAUCACCAGAGGUGGUGGUCCUCAGAAACCAUUGCGGUGGUGACCGGUUGUAAUAGAGGGAUUGGAUUUGAGAUUUCAAGACAGCUUGCAGUGCAUGGAUUGACAGUCAUACUGACAUCAAGAGACAGUAAUGUUGGCCUUGAAGCAGCCAGGGUCUUACAGGAAGGUGCUCUCAAUGUGCUCUUCCAUCAACUCGAUGUCUUAGAUCCUUUAUCUAUCAAACAAUUUUCUGAGUGGCUACAACAAAACUAUGGUGGUUUAGAUAUUCUGGUAAAUAAUGCUGGUGUUAAUUUCAAUCUCGGGUCUGAUAAUUCUGUUGAAUAUGCACAGAGGGUUGUUGCGACCAAUUAUUUUGGCACUAAAAAUAUGAUUCAAGCUAUGAUCCCAUUGAUGAAACCUUCUACUGCCGGUGCUCGAAUUGUUAAUGUGAGCUCGCGAUUAGGUAGAUUAAAUGGUAGGCGAAACAGACUUGAAGACGUGACUCUCAGACAACAACUAAGCGAUAUUGACUCACUCUCAGAGGAACUGAUUGAUGGGACUGUAUCCACAUUUGUACAACAAGUAGAAGAUGGCACUUGGACAUCAGGUGGCUGGCCUCAAACAUUUACUGACUAUUCAGUAUCAAAACUUGCUGUUAAUGCUUACACCAGGCUAAUGGCGAAGGUACUCUCCAACCGGCUAGAAGGUCACAAGAUUUAUAUUAACUGCUACUGCCCUGGCUGGGUGAAGACUGCUAUGACAGGUUAUGCUGGGAACAUUUCAGCAGAGGAUGGAGCUGAUACUGGAGUAUGGCUUGCCCUACUUCCCGACCAGGCUGUAACAGGGAAAUUCUUUGCAGAGAGACGUGAGAUAAACUUCUAAGCAGUUAGGCUGAAGACUGCUACAGGGUUUUGAGAACCAGUUAUGUUUUCUCCUUGAGCUGGUAAAUAUCCAAAAAACCCAAAAGAGAGUUUGAAGCUGUUAAAGAAGAUGUGUUGCUUCUCAAGGAUUGCCUUGUGGAAUUUGUUGAUGAAUAGACCCAGGAACUGUCACUUUUGGUAUGGAGAUGAUUAUGAUGAAUACCCUAAUGUGUUUGAUCUCGAAUAGGGAUGUCAAGCACUUCUGGGUUACUCCCUCGGAAGUCAAGAAUAUGUUUAUUGACAUCUGUUAUUAGCAUACCAAUGCCACCAAGUGGUUGGGAUUUAAGCCAUCCUGUAAUGCUAGUGGAAAUUUUUUUAUUCAUUUGAAUUUUAAGGGUUCUGUCUUUUCAUGGGAAGACUCAUUUUUCUUGGUUGUGA